AUGCUCUCGGCAUUGCGACCCGCUACUCUACAGGCAGGUCACCAAAAUUGUAUUCGUGUUAUGGCUGCGCGAUGCGCUUCAACCUGGGCGAAGGUCCCGCAAGGUCCUCCAGAUGCAAUCCUUGGUAUCACAGAGGCUUUCAAGACAGACAGCUUCAAGGAGAAAAUCAAUUUAGGCGUUGGCGCUUACCGUGAUGACAAGGGCAAGCCAUACGUGUUACCGUCUGUCCGAACAGCAGAGGAGAAGGUCGUCGCUUCCAAGCUUGACAAGGAAUAUGCCGGUAUCACUGGUGUCCCAGCCUUCACCAAGGCAGCUGCGCUUCUGGCGUACGGACCUGAUUCGGCUCCAAUCAAGGAAGAUCGGAUUGCCAUCACACAAUCAAUCUCAGGCACCGGUGCACUUCGAAUAGGCGGCGCUUUCCUCCAACGAUUCUAUCCUCAUGGCAAGAAGAUCUAUAUCCCAACACCUAGCUGGGCGAAUCAUAAUGCUGUCUUCACGGAUUCAGGGCUUGAAGUUGAGAAGUACAGAUAUUACAACCAAAAUACCAUUGGUCUGGACUUUGACGGAAUGGUCGAGGACCUCAAGGCUGCUCCCAAAAGCUCGAUAGUCCUGCUCCAUGCUUGUGCCCACAAUCCUACGGGCAUUGAUCCUACUGAGGAGCAAUGGAGAAAAAUCAGCGAUGUCGUCAAGGAGAGAGAGCAUUAUCCAUUCUUUGACAUGGCGUAUCAAGGCUUUGCGAGCGGGGAUACCAACAAGGACGCUUUCGCUGUCAGACACUUUAUCCAGCAGGGACAUGGAAUAGUGCUAGCCCAGAGUUUUGCCAAGAACAUGGGUCUAUACGGCGAGCGUGUUGGAGCUUUCUCGAUCGUCUGUGAAUCAGCAGAGGAAAAGAAGAGAGUGGAUUCCCAGAUCAAGAUCUUAGUCCGGCCACUCUACUCGAACCCGCCGGUUCAUGGUGCCCGCAUUGCAUCUGAAAUCCUCAACGACCCUGCAUUGAACAAGCAAUGGCUCACCGAGGUAAAGGGGAUGGCUGACCGCAUCAUCGAGAUGAGGGCUCUCCUCAAAAAGAACCUGCAGGAUCUUGGCAGCAAACACAACUGGGACCACAUCACAAACCAGAUUGGUAUGUUUGCCUACACUGGUCUGAAGCCCGAACAGAUGGAUGUGCUAGCCAAGGAACACUCUGUCUACGCGACGAAGGAUGGACGGAUCUCUGUUGCUGGCAUCACUACUGGCAAUGUCAAGAGGCUGGCCGAGGCUAUUUACAAGCAUGACGAGUCCCUAGACUUUGGCGAUAAUGUCGAAAUGUCGACUUUUGAACAGAUCCUGGACAUGGAUGAUGAUGAAGACGACAAAGAAUUCUCCAAGGGAAUAGUCUUCGGCUUCCUAGAGCAGGCCGAGCAGACCUUCGACAAGAUGGAAGCAUCACUUGCAUCGAAAGACCUCCCUGAACUGUCGUCUCUGGGACACUUCCUGAAAGGAUCAUCGGCCACCCUUGGCUUUGUCAAAGUCAAGGACCAAUGCGAACGAAUACAGCACUUUGGUGCAAAAAAGGAUGAAACCGGCACUGGUAAUAUUCAAGAUGAAGAAUACUGUUUGCGUAUGAUUUCCGAGGCCUUAGCCGAAGCGAAGAAGACCUUCAACGAGGUUGCUGCACUGAUGAGACAAUACUAUGCAGAGUCAUAG